UUGGCUAAUACAAGUAAUGGCUUCAUCCUUUUGGGUUUUUCAGAUAACCCCAGGCUGGAAAUGACCCUUUUUGUGGCUGUGUGUGUCUUUUACAUGGUCACCCUAGUGGGCAAUGCCACCAUCAUACUCCUGUUCCACCUAGACCCUCAUCUCCACACACCUAUGUACUUCUUCCUCACCAACCUCUCCAUUCUGGACCUCUGUUUCACCACCAGCUGCAUCCCCCAGAUGCUGGUCAACCUCUGGGGUCCGGACAAGACCAUCAGCUACCUGGGAUGUGCAGCCCAGCUCUACAUCUUCCUGGGCCUGGGAGCUGCCGAGUGUGUACUGCUGCUGGUCAUGGCCUUUGACCGAUAUGUGGCCGUGUGCCAACCCCUACACUAUGCCGUCAUCAUGCAGCCACACAAGUGUCACAAGCUAGCAUCCCUCGUCUGGGCAAGUGGGAUUUUUGGUACCUUGGUGCAGUCACCCACCACCAUGAAGCUCCCCUUCUGCCAUCAUCACCAGGUGGAUGACUUUGUCUGUGAGGUCCCUGCACUGAUCCGCCUGGCCUGUGGGGACACACACACCAAUGAGCUCCAGAUUUCAGUGAUUGGUGCUGUCUUCCUGAUGGGGCCAAUCCUGCUCAUCCUUGUCUCUUAUGGUCACAUUGCCAGAACAGUGCUGGCCAUCCAGUCCCAUGAAGGAAGGAGCAAGGCCUUCCGAACCUGCUCUUCUCAUCUGGCUGUUGUUUUCCUCUUCUACUGCAGCGUCACUGCUGUCUACAUCCAGCCCCGAAGCCAUUUUUCCCAGAAGGGAGGGAAGUUUCUGACUCUCUUCUACACUGUGGUAACCCCCACUCUCAACCCCCUCAUCUACACCUUGAGGAACAAGGACAUGAAGGGGGCUCUCAAGAGGCUCUUUGGGAAAGACAGAGCAUCCAGUGUGGAGUGA